UCAAGUUCUUCUUUCUUCUCAUCCUCUUCCAAACCGCACCCACCCUCCCGCAUCCUCCCAGUCCCACCCGGGCUCAGUUCUCAGGGUCCUUUCCAUUUCCUCUCCCCACCCUGGCCUCAGUGUGGGGUUACACUGCCCGCCUGACUUGCUGUCACCUCCUGUCCUCACUCAGGGUUUUCCUCCCUUUUGUAGGUCUCAGAUCAGCUCCCCCAGCAUCCCAGCUCCAGCUGCUUUGGCUGCUAGUGGCGCCCCUGUUUCUGACUGUCAGUACCCAGGGUGGUCUCCUACAGGCCAUCCCUGUCCCCACUAUCCCAGCCUCCUCCCCUGGGAACGCCCCUCCAGGCUUCAUUUCCCCACAUCUCUCUCUUGGGGCCCCUGCCUCCGGCCGCCCAGACAGCAUGAGUGAUAACAGAAACCCAGGCGCAAGCUGCUCACCACCACGGAUCUCCCUAGGUUCACUUGCGGGGUGGGUGACAGGCUGCGUUUGAGGGUCAGGACCCCCUGGGUAUGAACUUGCACUGACCAUGGGCAUUCUACUCCUAGCUGCCACCAGCUCUCCAGGGACCAUGGUCUCAAGCCCCCAUGUCACGCCCCUCCUAUCUGUCCCAGCAGGUGGUAACUCAGUCCCCCUUAUCAGGCACAGGGACAGCUGUCUGCAGGCCCUGGGGAAAUCAAAGGCGGGGUACAGGCAGGGGAGGAGAGAGAACUUCCCGCUUUCUCCCAGAGACUGAGAAGGCUACAGAGGCCCAGACCUUUCAAGUUGCUUUCUUCUAGCUGCCAAAGUGAUCUGUGGCUGGAGGGCAGAGGCACCGGGGGACAAAGCUGUGGCUUCCCUCCACUCUGGGGUCAGGGCCAGUCUGUGCAAAAGUCAACAGCCCCCCAAGCAUUCCCACAGCCCCCCUAUGGGCAGCAGAGAGGCGGAACCCUUCCUCGGCCGGAACUCCAGCAAGCGGUGAGUCCUCUGUGCAUCCCCAGCCCUGACCCUGCCUGUGCCCGGCAUGGUUUCACUUUUGCAAACAUUUGUUUGUGCCCUUCGAGAGGAAACCAUCUCAGCCUGCCGAGGGAAGCCUCCUUACGGGUCAGCCUGCGGCAGAUGGCUAAUUACACGGCUGCGCCCGAGGAUGAGUACGAUGUCCUCAUAGAUGGGGACCUGGGUGUCGAGGAGGGGGACCUAUGCGCCAGGUCUUCAGCCACCGUCCUGUCGGCCCAGCAGGUGGGCCAGGUCUGCGCUGCCCUGUUCACUGUGGGCCUCCUGGUCAACCUCUUAAUUCUGCUCAUCCUGGUCAAAUGCAAAGGACUCAAACAUGUGGAAAACAUCUACUUCCUCUGCGUGGCCCUUGCCAACCUGUGCUUCCUGCUCCCCCUGCCAUUCUGGGCUCCCGCUGCCCAGCACAGGGAAGGCCUGGGCCGUGCCGCUUGCACAGUUCUGGUGGGGCUGCACUCCUUGGGGCUGCACGGGGAAGCUCUGUUCAACGUGCUCCUGACCCUGCACGCGUCCCAGGUGAGAGAGCUGGCCUGGGCCUGCAGAACAGUGACCAGCGGCGUCGUUACAACACUGAUAAUGUGGCUGGUGGCCUUUCUGGUCACUUUGCCUGAGACAGUGUUUAAUCUGCUGCUGCCGCAAGGCCGGAGUUCCAGGUGCUCCUUCAGCAGCCCUCACUUCCUGCUGGUGGAGGAGCCUUCCUGGAAGUAUUUCCUGACCCUGAAGGUGAACCUCCUGGUGCUUGUGUUGCCACUGUCUGUUCUGCUAUGCGGCUGCCUUCGAGCAAGGAGCAGGGAGGAGCCACCAGGGAAGUUCCGGCUGGUCUGUGGCAUGGUCUCUGUCUUCCUUUUGAUGUGGGCACCCUACAACAUCGUGCUUCUCCUGUCUGCUUUAAAAGAGCGCCUAUCCCUGCAUGCCUGUGAGAGCAGUGGCAAACUGGACGCCAGUAUUCAGAUCACCAAGAUCAUCGCCACCACCCACUGCUGGGUCAACCUCCCUCUGUACUUGUGGCUUGACCAGACAUUUCGGGGACACCUCUGUGACCUGUGCCGGUGUGGCAGGAGCCCGUCCCAGCCUGAUGUCAGAGAAGCUACACAGGGCGCCGUGACGGGCAGCUGGGACCAGUCUACUCAACUCUAACACUGCAUCAAGGACAGGAUGAAUAAACACAGACCUGGGUCUCUUUGCAUGGUUGGUAGUAGCCUUUUAUUACCUUUGUGUGUAAAAUGGGAUACAGGAAGAGCAGAGCUGGAGGAGCACACAUGUGUGCCAGGCUCGCCACAAACCUGAGUGCCUUUGCUCUUGUGACUGGUCCAUGGUAUGGGUGGGUGCAGUCUCCCUCCUCUGAGCAGGAAACUGAGGCUCAGAGCCGCGUCUGAGGUUGCAAAACUAGAAAAGGAGCAGGAUUGAGAUGCAAAGCCAGGUAUCAUUUGCAGCAGAGCCCAGACUUUAUUUAGCCGACCACCCUCAGCUUCCCAAAGCUGUCCAACAGAAUGCACAAAAUAAACUGUGCUUUAAGCAAA